CUUACCCACCUAGGUACUUUAUGUAGGCGGCAGGGCAGACGUAGGUCCCACAACAUCCGAGGUUCAAUGAGCAGCGUUUCCUACGUAAUCGAAUUCUUCAAAGUCCGAGUCUCCCUACACUAUAGUGGUCUCCUACCCUCCGCCUCCAACCUUUCUUCGAGCCUCUACUGUAGAAUUCGUCGUCACUUUACCUCCCUCCCCCAGUGAGACCACUUACAUUUAUCAUCAUCGUCGUCGUCGUCGUCACUGCCAUCGCCCAGCGUCAUUGCCAUCCCCGCCGUACCAGAGGGAUUCCCGAGCCGUGACCAACGCACCUUACGCCAACCAGCAACACUACCAGCGACAACACGAGAAAAAACCCCCCGAACGCAGCAAUGGGUGCCUUCGAACGAUUAUCGCAGAUCUCCGGCCAGAUCGCCGGCUCCAAGUCCGCGAAAGACAAGCUACUCCAGAAGAGCCCCGACGACAUCGUUGUGACGGCAUGCCUUCGCACAGCCUUCACCAAGGGCGGCAAGGGCGGGUUCAAGGACACUCCGGCCGCUGACCUGAUGGCCGGAGUCCUCAAGGGCCUCCUUGAGCGUUCCAAGGUUGACCCGGCCCUCGUCGAGGACGUGUGCGUCGGUGAGGUCCUGGCCCCCGGCGGUGGCGCCACCGAGAUGCGCGCUGCCGCCCUCGUCGCCGGUUUUCCCGAGACCACCGCUGUCCGCACCCUCAAUCGCCAGUGUUCGUCCGGCCUGCAGGCCGUCGUCGACGUUGCCAAUCAGAUCCGCGCUGGCAUGAUAGAAGUCGGCAUCGGCGCCGGUGUCGAGAGCAUGAGCUUGCAAUACGGUCCCCAAGCUGUGACGGAGUUCUCUGACCUUCUCGAGUCGCACACCGAGGCCGCUAACUGCAAGGUGCCUAUGGGCGUGCUCUCGGAAGACAUGGCCCGGGACCUCAACAUCUCGCGCGCCGACCAGGACGCCUUCGCCGCCGCCUCGUAUCAGAAGGCGUGGAAGGCGCAGCAAGACGGUCUCUUCGACGAGGAGAUUCACCCUCUGACGGUGAAAUUUACCGACCCUAAGAGCGGCGAGGUCAAGACCAUUACCGUCAACCGCGAUGAUGGUGUCCGCUCCGGAAUCACCCCCGAGUCUCUGGGAAAGAUCCGGGCCGCCUUCGCCGAGAACGGCACGAUCCACGCCGGAAACGCGUCGCAGGUCUCGGACGGCGCCGCUGCCGUGCUGCUCAUGCGCCGCAGCACUGCCGAGCGCCUCGGGCAGCCGAUCCUCGGCCGCCUCGCGGCCGCCUCCGUCGUCGGUGUAAAGCCGCUGCUGAUGGGCAUCGGGCCGUGGAAGGCGAUCCCGCGGGCGCUGGAGCUGGCGACGGCGAGCGUCGGAGGCGGCAGCGCGCUGACGGUCAACGACGUAGACAUCUUCGAGAUCAACGAGGCGUUCGCGAGCCAGUGCCUGUGGUGCGCGCGCGAGCUCGGGAUCCCCGCCGAGAAAAUCAACCCCAAGGGCGGCGCGAUCGCCUUCGGCCACCCGCUCGGGUGCACCGGCGCGCGCCAGGUGAGCACUCUGCUCUACGAGCUGCGCCGCCGCGGCCAGAAGAUCGGCGUCACGAGCAUGUGCAUCGGCACCGGGAUGGGCAUGGCGGCCGUCUGGGUCGCCGAGUAAAGGGGGACGGGUGUAUAUUCGAAGAAAAAAAUGGAGAGAAAGGGGGAGUUUAAGGAAAGACGGUAGCGACAACAGCGGAGACAGGGAGAGGCGCGAGUGGAAAGAAAGGAUAACUCAGCAGGAAAGCAGCGGGGAGGCUAGAUACGCAUACGCAGCCCCGGGACGGCGAGAGAGAGAGACAGACGUCGCCCAGCAUGUCGCGCUGCGCUGUACUACUUCUGACUACUACCGAUUAGCUUUGACAUCGCGGACCUUUGGUCGAAGGAAGUUGAGAGAGGGAUCCCAGCGAUAUCACCGCCGGCAGGUCGAGACAGAAAGAGAGAGAGAGAGGAUGCGCCGCAGCGAACCCCCACCAAAACCUACUGACACAGCGACGGAUGGACGGAUGGACGGAUGGACGGACGUGUAUGUGGGAGGGCGCUGGGCCGACCGUGUGUACAUAUAGACAUAGAGCACUCCAUGUAUAGCACGAGGAAUCCUCGUGGCGUUUUCACAUGUGCGUCCGAACG